AUGGGCAGUUCCGGGCCUGGGGCGGGGGGCGGUGGGGGCCGCGGCCUCGCAGGGCUCGCGCAGCUACCAGGGCUCUCCGAAAAGCCGGGUGGCGCGCUGCAGGGCCUACGGGCCCGUCUCCACGGCGACGCGCCGGGGCGCGUCCCAGGGAGCCCGGAAGAAGCCAUCGCUCGGCCCGGCCCCUCGCCCGUCUCCCAGGCAACGCGCUUGGCCGAGCGUCACAAAGAGCGCCGCGAGCUCGGCGAGCUCCGCCGCCCGCAGGCCCCGCCCGCUCGCCGUCUCCCGGGUAACGCUCAGAGUUCCCUCUUAGACUUGAACGUAGGAAGUUGCUCCUCGUCCGCGCUCCCUUCCAUCAUGGAUUUCCCUUUAACUCGCUCUCCCAAGUCGUACUUCAUCCACUCAGAUUCCUCUACACAGACCAGAAGACCUUCGGUCAAGUGGGACCUGAACUCGGAUUACGAGGACGUUGGCAAGGAGACCACCGGGCACGGCACGGACUUCCGGCGCGAGAGACUAGACAGCCUGCAGUCGGACCAUGGCAUCCGCGUCCAGCCGCAGACCCGCUUCCUGAGGCCGCGGACCCCUUCGGUUUAUAUAGCCAGCCGAUUGAGUGCCAAUGAUGCAAAUGUGAAGAAACUUUUACCCAAGAGCCAUUUAUCUCGGGUGAUUAUUCGGGACAACCUCAAUGCACAGCGCAUCUACGAGAUGGAGAUGCACUCCUCCGACAAGACCAAGAGAAAGAUGAGCGGCUUAUACGAGCACCUGAAAAAAAAGUUCGUGUCAGACCAGCUGAGAAAGAUGCUGCGCUGGAGGCGGGAGUCCCUGAGCACUCAGCAGUACUUGGACAGCCAACGGACUUCCAGGGGCUCCACUUAGGUGGCGGGCCAGACGUCGUAACUGGGGCAGAUCAUUCGGAAGCACAAAACCACCGUGGGGAGAGCUGAGGAGACUCAGAACAUGCUGCUCUCCACCACUGUAGCGCAAUAAAGGGAUACGGUAGGAGCACCAAAGGUCGCUUCUGAUCUGCUUUGCUCUGUCGUCCCCAUUUGGAGAGGAGUUUAAGCCAGAACAGCUUGAACUGAACCAGUCAACAAGAGUUCAGAAAGAGGGUUGGAGAGAUGGCUCAGCAGUUAAGAGCACUGACUGCUUUUCCAGAUGACCUGGGUUCAAUUUCUAGCAACUACAUGGCAGCUCACAACUGUCUGUAACUCCAAGAUCUGACACCCUCACAUAGACGUACAUGCAGGCAAAACACCAAUGCACAUAAAAUAUAAAUAAAUAAAUUAUAAAAAAAGAAGAGGAGUCCAGCAAGAGCUAGAAAUGGUGAGCUAAUUCAGCAGUAAGUCUCAGGUUGAAAACGUUCUAGGCCUAGAUCAGAUUGUACGGAGGCUAGAAGCUUCCAGGACUAGGCCUAGGUUAGCAGACAGGCAGUAAAACCUCUGAGAGAACAAUUAUAUUAGGCGAAUAAAAGUUACUUUUACAGUAA